AAGUAGUGAGUUGAGUUGGUGAGUUGGUGAGUGAGUGGUGACCGAGUGGUAAGUCAGUGAGCACUGGCCGCUUCCUCCGACGACUCCCAAUUCCACCUUCAAGCUGAGUUCUUUCUCUCUCUCCGUUCCUCAUGUUGAAUCUCUUCUUCUUUCCUCCCUCUCUUCUUUCCACCACAAUCCACACUUCCUCCCACACCCUCUCCAUCCCUCCCUCCACAACCUCUCCCCUUCGACCACAUCCCAUCAAUUCCCCUGCUUCCAUAAGUUGCCUCCAAAGCCCCAGCCCGGAUACACAAUUCGGCUCUUUUCCCUCCUCGUGGCCUGACAAGCUAUAUACCCACUUUUCUCAUAGCCUUGUAGGCAAUGACCUUUCUUUUCACGGCCUGCAACAAUUCUUCUCCUGUUCGACAUGCGUUGUUAACAUAUACUUUUUCUUCCUCUUAUUUCCACUUCUUACCUUUACUUGCUGAAUAACAGCAAGUGCUGGCAUGGUUACCUGUUUCUGGCAACUGGCGCGCACACAUUCAAUGACCACUUCUACAAAUCACACUGGACCUGUCCUGGAGGCAGAGGAUCCUUCUCAAUCAGCACAACAACGUUGGUCUUUUUGAUGUCUUUUCUCCCUUUG